GGCUUUUCCAUAACUCUGGCAACAAAUAUUAUAGGACCACUACUGAUAGCUAGGUAUUUUGCUUCUUUAUUGAUGAAAGGAACUGAAGAAUCCAGAUUCUAGACUUCUGAUCAGGCCAAACAACUCAAGAUGAAAUUAGUCAACAUCUCCACGGGAGAAAAUGAAAUGAUUGCUGUUCUCUGCUCUCACAAACUGUUCCUCAGAAUGUCAUUAUGGCUUUGGGGAUGCUGAGCUUCUCCUGGGACUCACAUGAAGAUGCAAGUGGAUGGUGUAGGCAGCUACGAGGACUCUAAAGCAGCUUGGAGCAUGUCAACAAGGAAUUUCAGCAGCAAAUUUGGAAAAUCUAAUGUGUUUGUAAGGUGAUAUCAUGGUGCUGGUUUGAUCUGAUGAAACCAAAGCUAAUGCUGGUGCCUGCAUGUGAUGGAAACUGAACGCAAAUCGUGAACUUGGGAACGUUGGCCUCAGAUUAGCAUUCCCAUGGUUUGGAAUGGAUAUCGGAGGAACCUUGGUUAAACUGGUCUACUUUGAACCUAAAGACAUAACUGCAGAAGAGGAGCAGGAGGAGGUGGAAAACCUGAAAAGCAUUAGGAAAUACUUGACCUCCAAUACAGCUUAUGGUAAAACUGGCAUUCGUGAUGUCCAUCUGGAACUGAAAAACUUGACUAUGUGUGGACGCAAAGGCAACCUGCAUUUUAUCCGCUUUCCCAGCUGUGCCAUGCACAGGUUCAUACAGAUGGGCAGUGAAAAGAACUUCUCCAGUUUGCAUACGACACUGUGCGCCACCGGAGGUGGAGCCUACAAAUUUGAGGAGGACUUCAGAACGAUUGCUGAUCUACAACUCCACAAACUGGAUGAAUUGGACUGUUUGAUCCAGGGCCUGCUUUACGUUGAUUCUGUUGGUUUCAAUGGCCAACCAGAGUGCUAUUAUUUUGAAAAUCCCACGGAUCCUGAACAGUGCCAGAAAAAACCUUACUGCCUUGAUAAUCCGUAUCCUAUGUUGCUGGUUAACAUAGGCUCAGGGGUCAGCAUCCUAGCUGUAUAUUCUAAGGAUAACUAUAAAAGAGUCACAGGAUCCAGCCUCGGAGGUGGCACGUUCCUGGGCCUGUGCUGUCUGCUGACUGGCUGUGAGACGUUUGAGGAAGCAUUAGAAAUGGCUGCAAAAGGGGACAGCACCAACGUGGAUAAGCUGGUGAAAGACAUUUAUGGAGGAGAUUAUGAGCGAUUUGGCCUUCAAGGAUCUGCUGUAGCCUCAAGCUUUGGCCAUAUGAUGAGUAAAGAAAAGAGAGAUUCCAUCAGUAAAGAGGACUUGGCCAGAGCUACUUUGGUCACCAUCACCAACAACAUAGGUUCUAUUGCUCGCAUGUGUGCAUUGAAUGAGAACAUCGACAAGGUGGUAUUUGUUGGAAACUUUCUCCGAAUUAAUAUGGUUUCUAUGAAGGUACUAGCAUAUGCUAUGGAUUAUUGGUCCAAGGGUCAGCUGAAAGCUCUGUUUUUGGAACAUGAGGGUUAUUUUGGAGCUGUUGGGGCUCUCCUAGAAUUGCUUAAAAUGACAGAUGAUCAGUGAUAAAGCCGAUCGGAGGUGACUACUGCAGAUGCUGCUGGAUGAGAGUGAAAGCCACUACAAGGAUGGAAAUGAAGCCAUUAUGGUAGUUCUACCUGCUGGAUUUGUAUAUAAUUUAAAAUCCUUUUAGCUGAUCUUUAACUUCUGGGUUUUGAGCUUCUAAGAACUUCAGAAUUCAUACUGGGAAUAACAAGAUUUUUUUCUGUAUGCUAUUUUUUAAGGGGAAAUAUGUGCAACAUGGCCAAACAUACAGAUUUUAUGGUUUUAUUUUAGAAGGUGGAUACUGUUCAAUGUAGAACCUGUACUAUGAGGCAUCUGCUUUUUCUUCUGGGGUUUACUGAUUAGUGUGGUAAUUUUAACUUCAUUUAGUAAUCACUCUAGGAGAUUUUUUAUCUUAUUUUCAUGACGUUUCAUGAUUUGUUCUUGGUUUCAAAUGAAACUACAAAACUGAUGCAUUUUACUGUGAAAACUAAUUAUUGAUUUGUUGUGUUUCCUUCAUUAGAUGAGACACCUCUCUUCUUCCUAUCCCUCUCAUUCCCAGCCCCUCUCUCCCACCCCAACAAAAAAAUAAGAAAUAAAGGAAAGAAAAGAAAAAUAAGAUGGCAAGCUUGCUAUGACUGGGGUUUCUUCUGAGAAGGUGGCAAGAAAAUCUGAGGAAGGGAUCAUUUAAAAUCCUAUUUUUUCAGUAGUCGUUUGACUUGAACAGGAACAGGCGGCUAGCUGCUUUUGUGGAAUUAAUUCUCCUUUACAUUAUUGAAAACUAAAAUUGGAAUCCAAAACAUGAAUUAUUAGAUGAACACUAAAAUAAAAUCCUGUUUCUGUUGAAAAAUCGCUGCUCUAUUUAAAGAGUUGUGUAGUACAGAUGUUGUUUGUGAUACAUGCUUGGUGUUAGAUGACAAAGAGAGAUUGCUUCUUAUUUGAAGAUUUUUCUGUACUCUGCAAUUUUUAACUUCAUCUUAAUCUAAAACAAUUGAAAGCUGCAUUAAUCAAGUCCUGGUUUCUAAAACUGGGGGGGGGAAAAAAACACACAGUAAUGUAUUUUCUGUUAUUAAGCUAGUGUUAAUUGACUUUUCCCUCCAGGGCACUGUGGUUUCAGUAUUUAUUCCAAUAUAAUAUUUUCAUCUCUCUUGGUUUGUGGACCUCUAUUUUUCAAGAUGAUUUUCAAGAUUUUUUUUCCAGAUUUUUCAAGGCUCAUUGGAAAUCUCUAUGCUUAGGUUGCUUCAUUAUAGCAUGUCUGAACUUUCUGUUCUUAGACACCUCAAAGGCUCACAAAUGAGAGGCUGAAAACCAAUCUGUAUGUGAUUCUGUCUUGCAAACCUGUGUGUGAUGUCACAUAAUGUUAAGGGCUCAUCAGACGAACAGUAUAAAAUUCACACUUGUAUUCGAUAUAUUUUUUUGAAGAGUGGUGAUUUCAUUUCUGGAUUAAUCAUUAAUUUCCAUAUCUCCCAAAUGUUGAAGUAAAUUCAUAUUAACUAAAGUGUU